AUGUUGAUCCACUCUAAUGUUUGUCUUGCCUUACUUCUACUACUAGCAAUUCUUUUGUUCCAUGCAACUUGUUUGAACACCAAUCAAGCACAUCCAAUAAUUGCCAAUGGUAGAGAAGCCCUAGAGAUAAUCAUCGGUGGUGGUGGUGGUAGUUAUGGCUCUCCUCUUGCAUCACCACCAUCUUAUUACCCUUUCGAGAGCAAGCGAAUCGAAAUAGUCUACCCCGUGAUCCAAAAAUUCAAGCAAAAAAUCACGAGCGACCCAUACAACAUCACGAACACAUGGGUGGGCCCCGAUAUCUGCAAUAACUACAAAGGCUUCUUCUGCGACACCCUCCUCGGCGACUACAACUCCGUCGCCCUCGCCGGAGUAACGUUCAACGGCUUCAACUUCGACGGCCCGGAUCUCAGCCUCGCCGGAUUCAUCGACGAAUUGCCCGACAUAAUCGUUUUCCACGCAAACUCCAACAACUUCAAAGGCCCAUUCCCUUCAAACAUCUCCAAGAUCAAGUACCUAUAUGAACUAGACCUAAGCAACAACAAGUACACUUGCGAAUUCCCGCACGAAAUUCUCGGCUCGCAGUUGACUUUCCUAGACCUCCGAUACAACACAUUUUCCGGUGCGGUCCCGCCCCAAGUUUUCACGCUCGACGUCGACGUGCUCUUUAUCAACAACAACAACUUCAUGCAAAAACUCCCCGACAAUUUGGGCUCAACCCCGGCCCUUUAUGUAACCCUAGCUAACAAUAGGUUCACCGGCCCGAUCCCUACGAGCAUCGGCCGGGCUGGCAAAACCCUAAUUGAAAUUAUCUUGUUGAACAAUGGAUUAUCGGGGUGCUUGCCGUGUGAAAUCGGGCUUUUGGAGAAGGCCACCGUGUUCGACGCCAGCCGCAAUUACCUAACGGGACGGAUUCCACUUUCAUUCACGUGUUUGGGCAUGAUCGAGAUUUUGGAUUUGGCCGAUAAUCAAUUAUACGGGCAUGUACCCGAACUCGUGUGUGAGUUGCCUAAUUUAGUUACCUUAUCGUUGUCUUAUAAUUAUUUUACGGGCAUUGGCCCGAAAUGUUUGGAGUUGGUGGAGAAAAAUGUGUUACAUUUGAGGAUGAAUUGUAUACCGGGCCUACCGGACCAAAGAACGCGGGCCCAGUGCCGAGCGUUCUUUUCGACGGCUAAGGGUUGUCCUAGGUCGAAUUGGAUUCCGUGUAGUAGUGGAGGUGUUAUUCGGAGGAACUCUCUUGAGUCGUCGUUGGAUACUAACGGUAUUUCGGCGGUGUCGGUGAAGUUGAAGUCGCGCGCUUAUGCCGCUUUAAAUCGUCGCCUUUGACUGCAUUUGUACUAGAUUGGAUUGAGUGCUUCUAAUUUAGUAUUGUAUCAAGAUAUUUGUAUUUUAUAUAAGGAUGCACAUGUAAAAU